AUGAACGAAUAUAGUGUAUAUAAUAAACCGAACUCUAACAAUAUUUCUGUAUCUAAGGGUACAAGUCGAAUUUUUAAAAAAAUCAAAACAAAUAAAAAUUAUGGUUCCUUAGCUAUAAAAAAAGAAACACAUAACGAGCUUAAUGGUAAUACUAAGAGGAAUGUGUCUGAUAAAUUAAUUUAUGAAAAUGAAACAAAAACGAUGAUAAAUAAUAAUAAUAAUAAUAUGAACGAUAAUAAUAAUAAUUAUAGAUUAGAUAUAUUGACAGGAAGUGAGGAAUAUGAAAAAAAUGAUAUUUCAUAUGUUCAAGAGGAUAGUGACAUUAUGGAACAUAUAAAAUUAGAAGGAAAUGAAAUAGACUACGAAAAGAUGGUUUAUGGAAAUGAUAAGGAAAGAAGCAAAGAAAAGAAAAAAAUAAAUAAUUAUGAUAAAAAUAUACAAGGUAUUAAAAUAGAAGAAGAUAUAAAUGAAUAUAAGAAAGUGAAAAAAUGUGAUGUUGCAAAGAAUAGAGUAAAAAGAUUAGAAUUAGUAAUAGACAUUGAAGAAUAUAAUGAUAAUAAAUUAGAAAAUGAAAAUUUGUUACAAAAAAAUUAUGCAAAAAAUAUAUCAUCUGAUGAAAAGAAAUAUUAUUAUAAUAAUUAUAUUUUUAAUGAUGAUUUAUAUAAUGGGAAAUUAAAUUGUCUAACAAAAACAUUAGAUUUUUUAGCAAAAGAAGAGCAUAUUAAUCCUAAUGGAAAUUUAGAUGACCAAGAAGAUAGUGAAAGCGUUUGUGUUAUUGAAAAAAGAACCAUAAAAAAUUCUUCAUCAUGUGAUGAAAAAGAACUUAUUGAAAAAAUUAAUUUAAAAGAUAACUAUGUUUUUUUUAAUAAUAAUAAUAAAGAGAAAAACAAAAAUAAGUUGAAAGAUAAAAACAAAACAAACAAAAUAAACAAAAGAAAAAAACCAAACCACUCUAAAACAAAUGACAAUGAUCAAACGGAGAUAUAUAAAAAAACAAAAAAAAUGAACAAUAAGAAUAAUAAUGGUAAAAAUAAAAAUAAUCAUAUGAAUGUUCUUGAAAAUUUUAAUGCUAAACAUAACAUGAAUUCAACAACAAGACAAAAUAAUAAUAAUAUCAAAAAAAUUAAGAGUAAUAAUAAUAAUAAUAAUAAUAAUGAUAAUAAUUAUUGUUAUUAUUAUAAAUCGAUUGAUAAAAAUGUUAGUUACUAUAAUAGUAGAUCUAGUAGUAAAUCUGAUUUUAAUUUGUAUAGUAACACCACAAGUACCCAAAAUAGUUACAGUAGUAUUUAUAAUGAUAAUGAUAAUGAUAAUUGUAUUAAUAGUUGUGAUAGUAAUUAUAACAAUAAUUAUAAUAAUAUUUAUAACAACCAUUGCAAUAAUAAUUUUAAUAAUAAUAAUAAGCUUCCUUCUAGUAAUUAUACCAAAAUUAUGAAUGAUACAAAUUAUGUUAGUUCAAAUGAUGAUAGUACUAAAAUACAUAUAGGUAUAAAAGAAGAAAAAAAAUAUAUUAUGAAACCAGAAGAACAUUUAGAAAAUUUUAUUAAAAAUAAUAGAAUAUAUAAUGAUUCAGGUUGUUAUGUGAUAAGUGACGACUGUGUAAUUCCUAAUUAUAAAUAUGAACAAGAUGAUGUUUAUGUUGAAAUUAUAGAAAAUAAUAAUAUUACUGAUGGAUAUAAUAAUCUACAAGAUAGUUUUGAAAAAAUUAAAGAAUUUUGGAGUUCCUCCAAUGUUACUAGUACAACGAAUAAAAAUAAUAAUAAUAAAAAGAAUAUUAUUUUGUAUGAUGAACAAAAAGAUGACAAUGAAAUUGAUCAUAGGAAGACAUCAAAAAAUAGCAAUGAUAAUCUUAAGAAGAGUCAAAAUAUAAAUGAUGGUAUGAAGACAGCGAAUAGUAGUAUUAAAAAUGAUACGAAAGAUGAGGAGGAAUAUAAAAAGAGUAUAAAAUCAAAAAAUAAUAAAAAUAAUAGAAAUAAUGAUGAUGAUUAUAUGAAGGAGGAAGAUCAAAUUAAUAGCUUUUUACCAUCAAACGAAAAUAAUAAUAACAAUAAUAAUAAUAAUAACAAUAAUAAUAAUAAUAACAACAAUAAUAAUAAUAAUAAUAAUAAUAAUAAUAAUAAUAAUAAUAAUAACGAUUGUGAUACAAAGUAUGAUGCUAAUAUUAAUUCGAAAUGUAAUAGAAAUAAUAUUUAUAAUAUAAAUAGUUAUCUUAAUGUAGUUGGUUAUAAUGAUAAUAAGAAAAACGAUACUAUUAAUGACAAAAAUAAUAAUAACAAUAUGAAGAAUGAUAAACCUGAGGAUGAAUGCACAAAGAAGAAAGAUAUUAAUAAUAGUAAUAAUAAAAAUUAUAGUAGUAAUGAUAAUAUAAAUAAUGGUAAUAAUAAGAAUUAUAAUGGGAAUAAUAAGAAUUAUAAUGGGAAUAAUAAGAAUUAUAAUGGGAAUAAUAAGAAUUAUAAUGGGAAUAAUAAGAAUUGUAAUGGGAAUAAUAAGAAUUGUAAUGGGAAUAAUAAGAAUUAUAAUGGGAAUAAUAAGAAUUGUAAUGGAAAUAAUAAGAAUUAUAAUAGUAAUAAUAAGAAUUAUAAUAGUAAGCAUAAUAGUAAUAAGGGUCAUAGUAAAGACCAUAAUAAUGGUCAUAGUAAAGACCAUAAUAAUGGUCAUAGUAAAGACCAUAAUAAUGGUCAUAGUAAAGACCAUAAUAAUGGUCAUAGUAAAGACCAUAAUAAUGGUCAUAGUAAAGACCAUAAUAAUGGUCAUAGUAAAGACCAUAAUAAUGGUCAUAAUGAUGAUCAUAAUAAUGAUCAUAAUAAUAAUAAUGAUUCAUUUAAAUGUGAAGAAAAUGUCUUCCAAGAAUUUAACGAAUUUAUGAGAAAAAAAAUGUGGAUGGAAAAAUAUUUACAUAAUCAAAUAAAUUGUUAUGAUGUCUUAUUAGAAAUAAGAAAAAGGGUACCUAGAUGGGGUGAUUAUAAAUGUAAUUUUUUUUUUCAUUGGAAGAAAAUUAUGGAAUUAAAUAAUGAAGAAUUAAAAAUUUAUAUAUUAAUAUUUAGGUCCUUGUGUAAUGAAAAUAUCAAAAAAAUAGAUUUUUAUAUUUUAAAAAUUAUUUUAAACGAAUUAGAUGAAUUAAGAAAAGUGAAUGAACCACAUUAUGUAUCUUUUGAAUUUACACAAGAUUGUAUAAAUAAUGGAGAAACAAAAUAUGUUGAUUCUUCUGAUGUAUAUUUUAAUAUGAAUCAAUUUGUACAACCAUGGUAUUUGAAAAAUCUUAAUAAAUCUAUGGAUAUAAAGAAAUUCUUGAAUUCAUUAGAUAUCUUAGAAAACCAAAAGAAAAAAACAUAUAUUGUUCAUGGUAUGGAGAUACCUGAACAGAUAUUCAACAUGUAUAAUACUAGCAAAAAAAAAGCUAAAAAAAAAAAAAAAUGUAGUAAAAUAAAUACAAAUGAACAUCUAUAUGAUCAACCAAGUACACAUUCUGAUGUACCUCUAAAUAAUCAGUUAAAAAAUAACCUUCAGAAGAAAUCGCAAAAUAAUAUAUAUAAUAGAGAUGAAAAUAGACAGGCAAAAAACUGUAAAUAUUUAAAAAAAACAAAUACAUUAUUAAAUAACGAACAUAUUAAUAAUAUGGUAUCCAAUUUGGAUAAUACAAAGACAAAAGAUAUUAAUAAAAAUAAAAAUAUCAAUGAAUCUGUAAAAAAGGCAUCAAUCAAAAAUUACAACAAAAAUGUUAAAAAUAAUAAUAAAAAAUGUGAUAAUACAAAUGAUAAUAAAAAUGAUAAUAAAAAUGAUAAUACAAAUGAUAAUAAAAAUGAUAAUAAAUGUGAAAAAACGACAAAGGAUUAUGAAGCCAAACAAGUCAAUAAAACAUUAAAAAAAAAUGCUAACUCUCCCAACAAUUCUAAGGGUAAAAAAAGAACAGGAUUUUAUGAUUUAGAAAUUGAUGGGGUUAUUUCAUCAUUUGAAGCCAGAAAAGGUGUUUAUUAUGAUAAGUCAAGAAAAUUGUGGAGAGCCAAUUGGAAGGAAAAUGGAAAAAUACAAACAAAAGGUUUUUCAGUUAAUGAAUAUAAAUCGGUUCAACUAGCUAGACAAAAGGCUAUUGAAUGGAGAGAGAAAAAAGAAGCUGAAUUAUUGUUAUAA